GGAAGGAGGAGGAAAGGGAGGGAUCCGGAGAGGGGACAGAGCUGGCACACUUCUCGGAAAACUUCCCAGCACUCUCCUCUCUUCUCCCCGACACCCCGACUUCACAGGAACGCCGAAGUGACAACAUCAACAUCUUGGCUGCUUUCAGAAAAAAAAAAUUGAAGAAGUGCAGCUGAACAGGACAACCCUAAAAGGAAUUCCCUGACUUCCCAGCGGAUGAAAGGAAAAGCCUAAGAGGAAUAAUUGUGUCUGAUGGAGGCCUGCGAAACUUCCCAUUUUGUACCUUGUGCACCGGGCCGUACAGUGGGAGCAUGCUCCUUACCAGCGGCAUGGGAAAUGUGACCGCACAGGGACCCUCUCACAGUACCUACCCCCCCGCGUUGUUACUAGCUUCUUUAUUCGUGGAGUACAAACUUCCCAUGUGAAAGGCUCCUUCGCUUCACUUGGAUUCAUGCUGUGGAACGUUCUGCUGACAAGGAAGCGUUUUCUUCACAUUUUCCUGGAUCUUGUAUAUCUUUUCGGGAUCUGAUCACAGGAGAUGAUUUUGUAGCCUUGGUGGCGAUGGGUCGGGAAAAUGAACUCAUUCAAGCUGUUAAAGGUGGAGAUGUUGCGACUGUUCAGAGGCUGCUUGCGAAGGUCCGAACGUCGAAAAACAAGCUUCUUGGAUCAACCAAAAGGUUAAAUGUAAAUUAUCAAGACAGUGAUGGGUUUUCGGCUCUGCACCAUGCUGCCCUUAGUGGGAACUCUGAACUCCUGAUUCUACUGCUGGAAACGCAGGCGGCUGUGGACAUAAAGGAUGGCAAUGGCAUGCGUCCCUUGCACUAUGCAGCAUGGCAAGGCCAGCCAGAGCCUGUACGGCUUCUUCUUCGAGCCGCUGCCAGUGUCAAUGCGGCUUCCAAUGAUGGACAGAUCCCCCUGCACUUAGCUGCACAGUAUGGGCAUUAUGAUGUGUCUGAAACCCUUUUGCAGCACCAGUCUAAUCCAUGCCAUGUCAACAAAUCCAAGAAAACCCCCCUAGACCUGGCUUGUGAAUUCGGAAGAGUGAAGGUGGUGCAAUUGCUGCUGAACAGUCACCUGUGUGUGUCCCUUUUGGAGGGGGUAACUAAAGACCCUACCGAUCCCAAUUUUACCACACCUUUACACUUGGCUGCCAAAAAUGGCCACAGAGAGGUCAUCAGAUUACUCCUUCAAUCUGGUAUUGAGAUUAACAGGGUGACAAAAAUGGGCACCGCUUUGCAUGAAGCAUCUCUUUGUGGAAAGACGGAGAUCGUGAAACUGCUAAUAGAGCACGGCAUAGAUGUAAAUGUCCGCAACACAUACAAUCAGACCGCCCUGGAUAUUGUCAACCAGUUCACCACUACCCAUGCCAGCACCGACAUCAAACAACUUCUAAGAGAGGCAUCGGGGAUUCUCAAAGUUCGAGCUCUAAAGGACUUCUGGAAUGCCCAUGAUCCAACUGCUCUAAAUGUUCGAGCUGGAGACCUGAUAACGGUGCUGGAACAACAUGCAGAUGGCAGAUGGAAAGGUCACAUCCAUGACGCCCAAAAAGGGACCGAUAGGGUGGGCUUCUUCCCACCAGCAAUCGUAGAGGUCAUCAGUAAAAGGCUUGGAUCCACCCUAUCCCGUAACACCACUCUACCUUCUCAUCAGCGCUUGUCAAAGCCACCGCUCCAUUUACCCAGCCAAUACGUUACAGUAACUGGAGUUGGCAUAAGUCCUGAGCUAACAGGAGCUGGUGAUCGGCACAGUGUGGGCAGCGAAGGGAGUCUGGGCAGUGUGCGCAGUGCUGGGAGUGGCCAGAGCUAUGAGGGGAGUGGCUUAAGCUCAGCUCUGCUCAUAGAGAAUGCUCAGAAUCUUCAUGUUGGCUACGAGGAUCACCAGAACAGAAUACCUGCUGGCACUGUGCCAAGUCAUAUGGGACAUACAGGUCACACAAUGGAGAAAGACCCAAAUGUAUAUCUACAAGGAAAGGAUGCAGAACUUAUUUAUUGCUGGCUUCGUAGCUUCCAGCUAGACAUGUAUGUGGGGAACUUCUUAUCUGCAGGCUAUGACCUUUCUACAAUCAGCCGCAUUACUCCAGAGGAUCUGACUGCCAUUGGGGUGACAAAGCCAGGACACAGGAAGAAAAUAGCCACAGAGAUUGGCAAGCUGAAUGUAGCAGAUGGGCUUCCUCAUAAAAUGCCGGUCGACGUGUGGGAUUGGCUAACUCAGCUGCGACUUCCUGAGUACCAUAAACAGCUUACAGAGAAUGGAUAUGAAUCGCUUAGCAGUGUGACAGAAAUGACAUGGGAGGGUCUGCAGGAGAUUGGAAUAUUAAGGCUAGGGCACCAGAAGAAGUUGUUGCUAGGAGUCAAACGCAUGCUGGACCUUCAAAAAGGAUACACCGUAGGGGGAACCAUGAGACGAAGAAUGGCAAGCUCCCUCUCUGCGGUACCUUUUGUGGAAGCCUCUGAAAAUGGAGAACCACCUACCACACCUAAGCUGCAGACGUUUCAGAACAUAGAAUUGAGCAAGGAACUGCAGAGUGCACUAGUGCAUGGCGGUGACUUUCUGUGCGCUACUAGGCGUUCUUAUAGUCAGGAGAGUAUCAGCUCCCGUUCACAGGGCUCUGGUCACUCCCAAGACUCAACGGGUUCAAACCCACCUCUGCUCCCUCCAUUUCAAGCCACGGACUCUGCUUUGCCAGAAAGGAACUUGCCUGAGGGCAUGGAUCAGUCCAGUUGGCCCAAUGGAGUCCCCAAUGGGUGUUCCGUUAGACCAGAGCCACCUCCACCACCUCCAAAGCCGUCAAUGAAAAAGCGGUCACUGAGUGUUUGCCGCUAUGCACUGUCAGAUGGAGAGCCAGAGGAGGAAGACAAUGGUGCUACAUCAGGCAGCGUGGCAUUGAGCUCUUAUGCUACAUUAACACGUCGCCCUGGCCGCAGCUCCCUGACCAAUGGACAGCCUGAGAAAAAAGUUAAUCGCAGUCAGUCUUUUGCUGUACGAGCACGCAGAAAAGGACCACCUCCUCCACCUCCCAAGAGACUUAGCUCCAUGUCUAGUGUUGAUGGCCCACCUUCUAGUGGGCCCAACGUGGUUAAAAACCUGGUGGCCAAUAUAGAGGGAGGACCAGAGUCAAAGACAGCAGAUGUUUGCCAGUCCAAUGUUUUUCAGAGCCCUGGUGGACGAAGGAGAACUGUGAGCGAGUCUGCAGCUGGUGUUGGGGAGAGGUUAUCUCUGCCACUCACAGUGAGACAAGAGGAAAGCAAAGAGGAAACUGUUCCAUCACAACACAGCUCAAGUGAAAGCAUUCCUUUUGCAGAGGAAGGAAACCUUACUAUCAAACAGAGGCCCAAACCUCCAGGAUCCAAACCCGAGUCUGUAAUCAAUGCAGAUCUGUUCUCUCCAGCAGUACCAUCUCCUCCUUUGAAUUCAGAGGCCACUUCUGAGGCUGCGCAAUUUCCGGGAACAAGAAUAGAGCCAUGCAUAAACGCUGAGGUCACACCUCUUUCUCAGACAGCAUUUCGGCCACAUAUUGGAGUUAAGCCCCAUAUUUGUCCCAAACCAAACGCUGACCUUAAAGUGCAACCAGCUGUUACUACGCCAAAAGUCAAUGCAGAGCCUGAAUUCAACCUCACGGAGUCUGACACUGUAAAGAGGAGGCCUAAAAUCAAAGAAAAGGAUACAAGUGUUGAAGAGAGGCCAAAAUCACCUGUUACUCCUGUACAAACUGACACAAUCAUAUUAAAUGGUCCACAAGAAACUGCCUUUACCAAAACAGGAAAGACUGAGAGAGGACUGAGCUAUGAAAAAUGUGGCAAAUUUGAGAUGGCUGGAGACUAUACAGAUAGACAAGACUCUCAUGCUCAUUUGGUGAUAUCCGGACCAGAACUGGUAUUACAGAAGCCUUCAUGGGGGACAAGUAGUGUAGCUACAGCCACAAACUCCAUAUUGUGGACAAGUGAUCCACCUUCAUUCCUUAGGGAACCUAACGAUGUGCCCAUUCAAAGCAGAGAGAACUCGCAGCUAAGACAUUUCCUUUCUACAGACCUUCAGAAACCCGAAGAGAGGCAAGGGCCCAGGGAGAUAAACAUCAGCAGUGAGACAGCAGCACCACUGGCCAAGAACAUCUUGGAUGACAUCAGUACAAUGUUUGAUGACCUUGCCGAGCAGCUGGAAGCCAUGUUGGACUGAGGAGUCCUGUUCACUUUUUUUUUUGGCACUUUAGCUGGGACUAAAUGAUAGCACAGCUUCACUUGGAUUAAAGCAGACAAAAAUCCUCAAACUGUUUCAGCCAUUGUUCAAAAAACACUAUGGAAGUUUAAGGAUAUUUGGAAAACUUUGCAGCAGCACUUGGGAUGAGGUUAUUGACCUGGACUGAUCGAUCUUCAUUCAGUUUGAAUGCCAUAUAUUUUGCUGUCUCAUAUUGCCAGGCUUCUGCGUAUACUGCCACACCCAAUCUUGUUUGUGUAUAAUCCUUGUUCCUAAAAUGAAACUGUAAAUGUUUGAUUUUCUUUUUUUAAGAAAUGUUUAUUUUAAAGUAAUUUUAUAUAUAU